AACUUGCAGAAGUUAAAUUGUUGCUAGCUUCACGGAGAUAAAAUAUAACGAGGUUCCUGUCUGAGUGGGGUUGAGUUGAGAUGUACCACAUCCUGUCUUCUGGUUUAUCUGAUUCACACACACCAUCCAGCCCAUUGUCUAGACGGCUUUAAGGGUUAAUUAACAUCCUGAUAUGGCAUUUAGAUAUAUUUGGAUUUGGAUAACAACUGUUUUGGGUGCUGUGGAAUGUUUUAACAUUUACACCAAACCCCAACACACUCUCCGAAGAGAUGAACGCACAUUGUAUGGACAAACAGUCCUUCAGUACAAUGAUGGGAUUUUGGUUACAGCUCCAUUGGACACCAGUGACAGAAAGCAGUAUGGAAAGCUGUACCAGUGUGAUUUGAAAUCAGACUGUAACGACGUGAAGCUUGGAGAUGGUGGGACAGAAAUUGCUUUUGUUCUGGAUGGAUCUGGGAGUAUUGAGGCAGACGAUUUUCAGAGUGCAAAAGACUUUAUCUCAAAUAUGAUGACAAAUAUAUGGGAAAAUUGUUUUAGUUGUGGAUUUGCCAUUGUACAAUACGGAGAGGAGAUACAAACUGAACUUACCCUGAAUGAAAACAAUGAUACUGAAUCUGUACUAAAAAAAGUUCAGGAUAUAAAGCAACUUGGAAGGAUCACGAAAACUGCAUCAGCUAUCCAGCAUGUGCUUGAUCACAUUUUCAUUGAGGAAAAGGGAUCACAAAAGAAUGCAAGGAAGAUUAUUAUUGUAAUCACAGAUGGAGACAUAUUUCGGGAUCCGCUGGAUAUAGAAGACGUCAUGAAAUCACCUAAAAUGACAAACGUAACUCGCUUUGCUAUAGGGGUUGGAGAGGUAUUUGAAACUCCCAAAGUAAGAGAGUUGCUGUAUAAGAUUGCUUCUGAGCCAGAAGAAGAACACGUAUUUAAAGUGGAUAACUACGCCGCUUUGGAUGGUCUGCUUGCAUUGCUAGAAAAAAGCAUCACGGGAAUUGAAGUUGUAGAGCUCAUGAAGAGAAAUGAUGCUAACAGCAACAAUAACAACAACAACAACCACAUUCAAAAAGUGGAAUCAGCUACAGCUAAGUUAAAGGGGUUCAACAGUCCAGCGGGCGCAAACAGUAAUAACCAUAACAAUAAUGCUGAAGAUUUGUAUCCUGAUGAAGAGGAAGAUGGUGGGACAGAAUUUGCUUUUGUUCUGGAUGGAUCUGGGAGUAUUGAGGCAGACGAUUUUCAGAGGGCAAAAGACUUUAUCUCAAAUAUGAUGACAAAUAUAUGGGAAAAUUGUUUUAGUUGUGGAUUUGCCAUUGUACAAUAUGGAGAGGAGAUACAAACUGAACUUACCCUGAAUGAAAACAAUGAUACUGAGUCUGUACUGAAAAAAGUUCAGGAUAUAAAGCAACUUGGAAUGGUCACGAAAACUGCAUCAGCUAUCCAGCAUGUGCUUGAUCACAUUUUCAUUGAGGAAAAGGGAUCACAAAAGAAUGCAAGGAAGAUUAUUAUUGUAAUCACAGAUGGAGACAUAUUUCGGGAUCCGCUGGAUAUAGAAGACGUCAUGAAAUCACCUAAAAUGACAAACGUGACUCGCUUUGCUAUAGGGGUUGGAAAGGAAUUUGAAUCUCUCAAAACAAAAGAGUUGCUGCAUAAGAUUGCUUCGGAGCCAGAUGAAGAACACGUAUUUAAACUGGAUAACUACGCCGCUUUGGAUGGUCUGCUUGCAUUGCUAGAAAAAAGCAUCACGGGAAUUGAAGGCUACAGUGUAGUUGCUGUGAAGGGAACAAGUGGCAAUCUGUUUGUGUCUGGAGCCCCUCGUCACAGCCUCACAGGGAGGGUGCUGGUGUUCGGUGGAGACACGUAUGAAAUUAGGCAAAAUCUAUCAGGGACCCAGGUUGGUUCCUAUUUCGGCUCAGAGUUGUGUGCUCUAGAUGUGGAUCAGAAUGGCAUAACAGACUACCUACUGGUCGGGGCUCCGUUCUUUCACAUACGCGGAGAGGAAGGGAAGGUUUAUGUGUACAAACUUAACAAUGAUGACAUGUUUGAAGAGCCACAGCUGCUACAGGGAAUGGAGGGCUAUGAUUUCGCAAGGUUCGGCAUUGCCAUCAGCAACAUAGGCGACGUUGAUCGCAAUGGAUACAAUGACAUUGCAAUAGGAGCCCCCCUUGAAGUGGACUCCCCUGGAUCCUCUGGCAGUGUCUACAUUUAUAACGGCUUCAGCGAUGGCAUUAGGAUGAAGUACUCCCAGAGAAUUGCGGCUGUUGAUGUCAAUGUAGGACUCAAGUAUUUUGGCCAAUCAGUUGAUGGAAUGACAGACCUCAAUAAUGAUAGCUGGAUUGAUAUCACAGUGGGGAGCCUCGGGACUGUCACUGUGUUUCAAUCUUUGGUUGUCGUUAAUAUCACUGCUGUUGUGAAAUUCGAUCCUGAAAGGAUUCCUUUGUCUUACCAAAGUAGCAUGAACAAACCAAGCAACCCAGCAAACACAGUCGGGUUAAAAAUAUGCUUUCAAACCAAGUUAGACUGGAAAACCUUUGGACACGCUGGACUGGCUAUUGAAUACAAUGUGUACGUGGACACUGAGAAAGAGAAUAAACGGAUGAAGCUGGCUGAUAGAGAGUCACACACCACAACUUUUAACAUUACAGAGAAAGCAGAGUGUUUACAGCAACUCACCCUGCAGUUCUUGGGCUGCCAUGAUGACUGCUUUUCACCUAUAGCGAUCAAGGUUAAUUUCACUCUCCAAAACAGCUCUGCUGAGCCCCCGCAUGGAAUUCUCAAUGCUUUCAGUGACAAUGAAAACAUCGCACAGCUUCAUUUUGAAAAUAACUGUGGAAAAGAUAUGAAAUGCAUUCCUAAUUUGUCCUUAUCAACAAACAUGACAAAUGAUCUCACACUGAUUGUCGGUGGCAGUAGGGAGAUGGUUAUAGCUUUUAAUUUGCAGAACUCAGGGGAAGACUCCUACAUGACAACUAUGGAACUGAUAUAUCCCAGCAUUCUGCAUUACAACAAGAUCUCUUUGUUUCAGGAAAAUACAGGUACUUCCUGUGAAGAUCCUGAUUCAUUAGGACCUUCGUUAACGAGAUUACGUUGUAAAAUAGGAUUCCCGGUAUUCAGAAAACAGUCACAUAAAAACUUCACCAUCUCUUGGCAAUUAGAUUCUAUGAAAUCUGAGAAGAAUGUAGCACUGAUAAAUAUCAGUGUUAGCUGUAAAAAUGAUGGCCUGAAUCUUCUUGUGCAAGAAAACCACAGGAUUUCUGUGAAACAUUCCCUGAAAAUGAGUCUAACAGGGGAGGCCAGUCCCUUGUUUCUGAAUAUAACUGAAGACAUGAAAAGCAAUAAACACCCACUGAAAUACGUAUUCAAGAUAAAUGGUGAAAACCAUUUUGGCGCUGAAGUUAAAGCAAACAUAUCAAUUCCUUUGAAAAGACAAGGUGGUGGAAAAUUAACCAUCACGAAAGUCAAUUUCACAAAGAAAAGCACACAUUGUACCUGGCACACAAUCUCGCUAACAGACGUGCACGCUACUCAUUGCACUGUUAGAGAUGAACAGGAGGACAUUACUAUUGAGGCUGAACUGUUAAUUGAUGCUAAAGAGGUAACUGUGGAUAAGAUAAAGGCUACCGCUGUUCUUGGUUUUGAUAAAGAUUGGUAUGUCGCAGAAGAAACGGAUCAACACAUUAAAGAGGUGUCUGUCACUAUUGAGAAGCUGACAGCGUAUCAACCCAUGGCCUUGAUUAUUGGGAGCUCCAUUGGAGGAUUUGUGAUUCUGGCAAUUUUGGUUUUUAUCCUGUUUAAAUGUGGCUUUUUCAAGAGAGAUUACAAGCAGGACGUUCCAGAAGAGGAAAAACGAUUGAGAGGAAGGAAUCCGUCCUAAAUGUGUAUCUCUGCCAUGAAAAGAGUUACGAAGCAGAGGUUCUGAAGCAGAUACAAACCCUGUCCAGUACAGUUUGUACAGGCAUUUUCACAGAACAUGUUUAUCCUGCUCCAAAUUUCUGCUCAAUGUAUCACAAUAUCCAUUCGAUUGGUUUCUCUUUAAAAUUAUGCCGUUAGUUUCUAAAGUUCAAACGAGCAUAGCGCCUUCUCCCUUGCAUUACUGUCAGCAGGCUGUAAUUGUUUUAAUACAGUAUUUUAUUUUCAUUUUAUACUUUUUUUUUCUAUAAUCUUGACACUUUGCACAUAUGAAGCAUAUUAUUAUGGUUGAGUGUGAAAAUGUUCAUAUUCUUUUAAUAGACUCUAAAUGACAUAAA